GUUGCGAGGGCAGCAUUGAAUGCUGUCCAUAAGUACAACUGUCACCAGUGUCAAACUGACAUUGGCGUUUUUCCCGUAAUUCCCUUAGAGAAAAAAACAUUACUCACCAUUUACCCCAUUUUUUUGUAAUUCUAUCCCCAUUUAAAGAAGCUCUACGGUUAAUUCAGCGAUAAACUAAAACUCCCUUAAGCGACGAUGAACGAUCCGUCAUUUUCGCGGUCCGAAAUAGUCAGUUUGGUGGUGAGGUUAACCCUUGUGUCGGCGGUCUCGUUUUGGACCAUUAAAUGGCUGAUAAAUCAGGUGGACCCCACGAAUAAGAGCAAGAAAAAGGCCCGAAAGACUGCCGAGGAACAGCUGAAGAGGAUAGGGGCGAAUAAGCAGCUGGUCGAAGUAGACAAGCUGAAUGACUAUGAAAUGAUGAUUGCAGCCCAUUUAGUGAACCCCUCUGAUAUAUCCGUUACCUGGUCCAAUAUAGCGGGCCUGGAAAGUCUUAUUCAGGAGCUUAGGGAAACUGUGAUUUUGCCCAUUCAGCGUAAGGAUCUUUUCGUUGAUUCCAUGCUUACUACUGCCCCCAAAGGGGUCCUUUUGCACGGACCUCCCGGUUGCGGGAAAACCUUAAUAGCGAAAGCGACGGCUCGCGAGGCGGGCACCUACUUUAUCAACUUGGACCUGUCAAUUUUAACAGACAAGUGGUACGGGGAAAGUCAAAAGUUGGCCUCGGCAGUGUUCACUUUGGCUGUUAAGUUGCAACCGUGCAUCAUUUUUAUCGAUGAAAUCGACUCUUUUCUGAGGUCCAGGAACAGUUCUGAUCACGAGGCCACCGCUAUGAUGAAGGCCCAGUUCAUGUCACUGUGGGAUGGUCUGAUUACUGAUCCGAACUGUACUGUUAUUAUUAUGGGGGCCACCAAUAGACCGCAGGACUUGGACCGGGCGAUUUUAAGGCGCAUGCCGGCCACAUUUCACGUGCCGAUGCCGAAUAUCGCGCAACGUCGCCAAAUCCUCAGCCUGAUCCUGGUGCACGAGCCGAUCGGCGACGACGUCGACAUCGAAACGAUCGCGAAAUGGACCGACGGCUUUUCCGGUUCCGAUUUGCGCGAGUUGUGCCGUAACGCGGCCGUCUAUCGGGUCCGGGACUUUGUCCGUCACGAAAUCGCCACCAAUUUGAAUAAUUCGAAUUCGCGCCAAGACUCGGAAUCGUCGGAACAGUUCCACGACGCCUUGAGACCGAUCACCAUGGAGGACUUGAAGUAUUCCUACGCGAAAAUGCGGGAGAGUAAAAUGUUGUGCGGGUCGCUCGGUGGGACGCCGUCCCGCAUCGAUUUGGACUAGUUGGCGUGGGUCCGAGUGUUGGACCCCAUUCUUAACGAUUUGGACAAGUUCGAGCGUAAAUGUGAGGAGUUCGAGAGGGGGUUCGCCAAGUGUAGCGGCCGCUACUACUUUAGGGAGAAUUAGUUUCAUUUGUUUAAAUUUAGCGGGCUGUACACGUCAAGUAAUAAAGCAUGUACCUUACUGUA